CUAAACCCGUAACCCUAUCUUAUUUUCUUCGCCUCACAGCCACAAGCCCACAAAUCGCCGUCUCCCUCACUUCUGUAUCUCGUUAACGCCGUCCCUCUCUCUGCCAUCUCCGCCUAAAUUGCAAAUCGAAUCGGUGCCGCCUUCUAUGCCAUCUACCCUCCUCACAGACUGAAACAUCGUCUCCCUCACCACCGCAUCUCACUCAUCGCGCUAAUCGUCGUGUCCAUCUCAGGCGCAAAUCGUUGUCUCCUUCUCCGUCGUUUGUCAUUCCUUGAAUUCCCACCCUCUCCAUUGUCUGUGAGUCCACUAUCGUCUCUCUUUCUCUCUUUGGACUCAAACACUGGCACAACGCAGGUCUGGAUGAGAUGUGAUGCCCCCUCCUUCCCAUGAAACCAGAAGGUAGUGCUUCAAUGACCAUCAUUUCGGAGGGAGAGGACGAAUUGCAGGAUAAAGAUGAGGGAGAGAAUGAUGGGAUUGGGUGUAAAAGAAAGAGUGCAAUUGUCAUUAAUGGUGCGGGCGAGAGGGUGCUUCGACCCCAAGGUGCUCCGCUGGUGCAGCCACAGCCAGAGCAGAGUCACGGUGUAAACAUCUAUUGGGAAAGAUUUCUUCAUGUCACUUCCAUUAAAGUUCUGCUUGUAGAGAGUGAUGACUCCACUAGACACAUUGUCACUGCUUUGCUCCGGAAUUGCAAUUAUGAAGUGAUUGUAGCGGCGAAUGUAUUGCAAGCAUGGAGGGUUUUAGAAGAGCUAACCAACCAUGUUGAUCUUGUGCUAGUUGAGUUGGAAAUGCCCGAUGUGUCGGGCAUAGGUCUUCUCUGCAAAAUCAUGAGCCACAAAACGCGCAAGAAUCUUCCCGUUAUCAUUGACGUGGAUCGUUUGCAGUGAUGUCGUCUUGUCAUUCUAUGAGUUUAGUGGUUAAGUGUUUGUCAAAAGGCGCAGUUGACUUUCUGGUCAAACCUAUCAGGAAGAAUGAGCUCAAGAACCUAUGGCAACAUGUCUGGAGGAGAUGUCAAAGUUCUGGCGGAAGCGGGAGUGAAACUGGGGCACAAACCCAAGACCCUGAAUAUUCAAAGAGCAUUGAGAAAUUUGACAAAAGCAAUGAUGCAGAUGACAACAUAAGGAAUGAUUUGAUUAUUGUUGACACUAAUGAUGAUGACGACGACGACGGUGAUGUUGAUGAUGAUGACGACGAUGGAAACCCCGAGAGCUCUUCAACAAAGAAAGAUGUUGAAGUAGACAGUUCCCAGGCGACGUUUCUACAGAAUGAAGUACCUAAAGAUUUCCAAAAACAAUCUCGUACCAAGGGUAAGAAUGUGGUGGAAACAGAUUCCAAUGCAGGCAGUAAGAGAAUAGAGGAGCAGAUCAACAGCGAAAAAAUUGAAUCUCAAACAGUGGUGUCAGUUGGUAAGAAUGCCACCAUGUACGAAUCAAGAAAUGUAGCUAUUGAGCCAAGUUUAAAGAGGCUGAAAGAAUCAAGAGAGGCUUCUCAUUAUAUGUUCUGGCGUUCGGAGCAAUCGGUCUUCACAAGGUUUGGUAAAAAUAAAUUUAGUUGAUUUUUAGACUUGUAGGCCGCAUCCCACAUUGAUUACAAACACUAACAUUAGACUCGAGCUAGUACUAUAACCUUUUCCAUCAUCUCCGAUGGAGCCAAAAUUUCACAAUUUUUUGGCUUUGGGGUGUGAUGGAAUAAAUCAAAAUGGAUCUCUAAACUGUCUGCGCUUCUUUAAUUAAUGAAGUAGCAAUGCAACUUUCGACGUUGAGCCGGGGGUCUCUUUGGAAACAGCCUCUCUACUUUCGAGUAGGGGUAAGGUCUGCGUACACACACCCUCCCCAGACCCUACUCUUGUGGGAUUUAAUUGGGUUGUUGUUGUUGAGCCAUUUGAUCCCCGUAAACCUAAAAAAAAAACUAUAUCUCAAAAUUGAUCAUCAAGACUUUGUAGUGGUGGGCAUUUCACUUUUUUAGGGUAGGCUUUUAAAAGGGAUUGAGGAUAAAGUGAUAUAUUGACCGAAUUAAAAUCGACUAUUCCAUGGCUCGACGUGGUUCGGUUUAUUUUCUGUUUGGAUUUCAAUUUGUUAGAUUUUUAUCAGGGAUUUAGCGUUUCUUUUUUGUUCAGUUUGGUUCUAACCUGUUUCAGUUAGGCUUGGUGUAGUACAAGAAAACUGUUACCAAACUGAAACCGAUUACAUGUGGUUAAGUUUGGGUUCAUGCUCAUUCUGUCAUGCCCUUAUAUGAGACGUAUGUUCUCGUUCUUGGGUGCGUGGCUUUGCAGGUACAAUACAUCCUCAAAAUCAAAUCAAUUGGAUGCCGCUUCACACACUGUCCAAGAAGAUAAAACAAACGAAACAUUUGCAACUAAUGCUUUGCAAGCAAAAGCGCUGCUAGAUCCACGCAAUUCUCACCUUCAUCAUCACUACAAUAAUAACAUCCAUCGUUUCCGCAACCAAGAACCAGAGCCUGCUAUGAACUACGAGCGCACGAGAAAAAGUUUAACUAGAGAUGACAGUGGCUGUGGCUCUGGAAACAGAAUGGACCCAAACAAACUUGCAAAACGACGAGCUGCUUUGACCAAGUUUAUUAAAAAAAAAACAGAAGAUUGUUCAAUAACAAGGUAGAUGAUAAUGUGAGAGACCUAUGAGCUUCGAUUUUAGGUCCAUAAAAAACUGCAUUUCUUUCAAUGUUACUCUGAAAAUUUGAACCAGUUUUUCGUGAAUGUCACUCCAAUUUGUACCCCUACUAUUUUAUGUGUGUGAACAGUGAAUUUGAAGCGGCAUUAACAAAAAAAAUUGAGUGACAAUAU